GCUUUGUCCUUCUUCAGUCACAGAAUGUUGAUAUGGCCCCUCCCACCUCUUCGUCAGACUCACUGAAAUGGCCAAGCAAAUAAUAGGCCCGCAACAAAGAUGGCAGACAUGGCAACAAAAGCCAGUACGAUGCUUCCGGCCGAGCGACUCCCUGGAUUGGUCAACCGCAUGCGUGGUGACUCCCUUUUCCCAAUCCCAUCGUUGAAGACCCGGAAUGGGCUGGGCAGCUUGCCCAAUCCACUCUGCGAACGAGCGACGAACGCUUUUCAAUUGGCCAUCGUGCCGUGACGAGAAGACCAAUGGGAAGCGGCACUGAAUUGGCGCCUAGUUUGAGUGGGGGCGGUCCGUGUCUGCCUCCGUUUCUUUGCCGCUUCUCCGCCGCUCUCGCGCUGCCGCCAUGUUCAUCUCCGACUGCCGCCGGGAAUUUUACGACGUGAUUGUCAGCCAGCGUGUUCUUCUUCUUGUUGCUUCAGAUGUUGACGCAUUAUGUGCUUGUAAAAUACUCCAAGCCUUGUUUCAAUGUGAUCACGUGCAAUAUACGCUUGUCCCAGUAUCUGGAUGGCAAGAACUUGAAACUGCUUUUCUCGAGCAUAAAGAUCAGUUCAAAUAUUAUGUUCUUAUUAAUUGUGGUGCCAAUGUUGACCUUCUGGAGAUCUUGCAGCCUGAAGAAGACACUUUUUUUUUUGUAUGUGACAGCCACAGACCUAUCAACGUAGUGAAUGUUUACAAUGACACACAGAUUAAGCUGUUAGUUAAACAAGAUGAUGAUCUUGAUGUUCCUGCUUAUGAUGAUAUCUUCAGAGAUGAAGAGGAUGAAGAAGAGGACUCAGAGAAUGAAAGUGAUGGGUCAGAACCUUCAGAGAAACGCAGGCGUUUUGAAGAGGAUGUAAUAGAGAGAACAAUGAAAAGGCGACAGAGGCGAGAAUGGGAGGCACGCAGACGAGAAAUUCUUUUUGAUUAUGAGCAAUAUGAAUACCAUGGGACCUCAUCUGCGAUGGUGAUGUUUGAUCUGGCAUGGAUAAUGUCUAAAGACUUGAAUGACAUGUUGUGGUGGGCUAUUGUUGGCCUAACAGAUCAAUGGGUCCAAGAUAAAAUCACUCAAAUGAAGUAUGUGACUGAUAUUGGAAUCCUACAGCGUCAUGUGUCUCGCCAUAACCACCGCAACGAGGAUGAAGAAAAUUCUUUGUCGAUUGAUUGCAUGCGAAUAGCAUUUGAAUAUGAUCUGCGCCUGGCACUUUAUCAGCACUGGUCUCUAUACGAAAGUCUCUGUAACACUUCAUAUACCUCUGCUAGCCUGAAGCUUUGGUCUGUUCAAGGGCAGAAGAGGCUCCAGGAGUUUUUGGCUGACAUGGGUUUGCCUUUGAAGCAAGUGAAACAGAAGUUUAAUUCCAUGGACAUGUCUUUGAAAGAAAAUCUUCGGGAAAUGAUUGAAGAAUCUGCAAACAAGUUUGGAAUGAAGGAUUUAAGAGUUCAGACCUUCAGCAUUCACUUUGGCUUUAAGAACAAGUUCUCAGCAAGUGAUAUAGUUUAUGCAACAGCUUCUCUCAUGGAGAAUAUAGAGAAAGAGGAGCCUGAAACAACUAAUUUCAUAAAAGCUUUGGACAGUCUCUCCAGGGGUAACCUGGACAAACUGCACCAAGGACUUGACCUAGCCAAAAAGCAGUUACGUGCAAUUCAGCAGACAGUAGCCAGCUGUAUUUGCACCAACCUUGUAAUUUCUCAGGGGCCUUUUCUCUAUUGCUCUCUCAUGGAGGGCACACCAGACGUGAAACUGUUUUCGAAACCAGUGUCUCUGUGCUUGCUUAGCAAAUACUUACUCAAAUCAUUUGUUUGCUCUACAAGAAGCAAGCGUUGUAAAUUACUGCCACUGAUAAUGGCUGCACCAAUGGAUGUUGAACAGGGAACUGUGAUCAUGGUGGGGAUUCCUCCGGAGACAGAAAGCUCUGACAAAAAGAACUUUUUUGGAAGAGCAUUUGAGAAAGCUGCAGACAGCACCAAUUCUAGGACUUUACACAACCAUUUUGACAUGUCAAUAAUUGAAUUGAAAACAGAAGACCGGAGCAAAUUUCUGGAUGCACUCAUUUCUCUUUUAUCCUAAUGGUAAGACAGUCCAAGGAGGAUUAAUUAAAAAAUUAAUUACAAAUCAAGUUAGUAGCCAAAUUAUAUUCAUAUAUUAUCUGUAGAAUGUUCUAAGAAAAUGUGGCAACUUCUAGUGAAAAUAUAAAUUGAAGAUAAGAGUUUCUUUACAAAGACAAUUGCUUUUCUUUUUGGGAGGAGGCAGACAAUGUACAAGCAGAAUAUUUUUUUUUCUCCUUAAGAGAUUUAUUUAAGUUUCAUCAUCCAUAAGCUUCUCUUCCAUUGUUCUUAACUGUUUGUGGCUUUUUAACUUCAGCUGGAAAAGAAGCAGCCAUUUGCAUUGUGAGAGAAAUGGAGAUAUUAGCUAAUUGUAGUUGAUAUGCUGUUACUGACUUUUCCUUAUAAUUAUGACAGCUUCUUUGAGAUCAGGAUGGAAUCUUGGCCAUGGCAGUGCCAUUCUUGGCUUUGAUGUUAAUGUAGAAUUUACAUUUUUCUUUGACAGUGUUAAGGUUGUAGCCUAUGUUCAUGUGUAGUUUUUAUCUGGAACAAAGAUGGGGGAUAUAGGACUUCACUUGUAGUUGUGACUAUUAGCGUCACACUAGCUCGAAGUCUGUUUUAAAGCUACUUUAGGGCAAGACAGGUUUUACUGUAGAUCUGAUGAGACUGUCAAAUUGUUGCAAUUGUCUUCAAAUAUUCACUGCUUUUCAAUGAUGAACUAUUUUUACUGGUUUGUGUGUGCAUUUAUUCUGUAGUGAUGGGUGGCGAUAGCUUGCUUUCUCCCAGAGAAGCUGCUAAACUCUACAUUGUUUUGUAAAGUUUGUUCAGACAACCUGUAAGACUAUUGGAAAGUAUAUAAAGUCCCUCAUGGCAUUUUCACAUCUAGAUAAAGAUUUGGUUUUUAGCAUUAACAUGUGAAGUAAUCUCAAAAGAUAAUCUUUUAUGGUAUAUAUAUGCCAAAUGACAGUAUGACUUACCUUUUUUCAAUGGGUAUGAAAGAUACAAUUUCUUUUUCUUCUGUCCACUCAGAAGUUUGAAGCAGUCGGUCGAUAGCUGUAAUUGUUGUUUGUUAGACAGCAUAGUCAUGCAUGGCUUCCAAGAUUUUUUACAUCUGUUUGUUUCUUUCUUUACACUCUGACUACUAAUUGUUUCAGCUUGUCUUCUGCCCUUGUUACACAGUGGUGAUUUUUGGCUCCUUGUGCUGGAAACUGAGGAUCAGAUGCUCUGAACUUAUUUCAGAUGUUCCAAAGUUCAUGGUGCUGCAAUUGUGAUGUAUUGUCUUACUUUAUCUUAAAUGUACCAGUACAGGCCUGGACUGUUGUUUUUAUGCCUCUUGGGAGGUCAAAAGGAUACUAACUUUAGCACACAGAUAUUGAACACUGCUUCUUUGUAAAGAUCCCAUCCUCAUAAUGGCAAAAGGUGUCAACUAGCAGUAUUUACAAAUUGGACUUUUAUUUGUCAAACCUGCUUUUAUUAGAGGACAUGCUCCUGUGAUGUGUAGUUGUUGGCUAAUAACAAAAAAAUAGACUUUGAAGAAGUGCUGUAUUUAUAUUACCAUUCAAAUAUUCUUUUAAAAUUGUCUGGAAUGCUUUUUAUUUAUUUUUUUAUAAGAAACUUUUUGAAACUCUAGAAUGUUGAAACUAGUUUUUAACGCUGUCAGGUUGAGGUUUUGUACUUUAAUUGAAAUAACUGUUUUGUGAGACAAGUUUUGAGAUUUUUAGGACUUUUAAAAUCCAAGUACUGAGUAACUGCCAAAUACCAAAUGAAAAAUCUGGGGAAUUCUGGUAUCAAUAAAGCAUUUUUAGUCAUGCAUUGUGAUACUGUAUUGUCACUUGUAGCUUGGCUUUGGGAAUAAUUUUCCUGGAAAGAGUCUAAAAUACUAUGAUAAUUGUGUGUAGACUGUAGCAUUAUAAAUAUUGAUAGACUAGCUUAAUUCUGUUCCUUACCAGAGAUUUCAUUUCACUUUGGUUAUAUGAAAUGGUAUUGCUUGUUAGACUUAACCUGCUGUGCAUUGGGUGGGUAUGUAUAUGUGUAUGUUUAGAAUUCUUCUUCUUCUUCUUGCAAUGUUUGCUUGAAUUCUGUGUGACUUUAAUGUUUUCGUGUAUUAUGACUAUGUAAAGGUUAUAUAUCAUUACAUCACACUUUGUAAAGAUUUUUAAUACAGGUUAAUUUAA